AUGGCUCGUGUGGCUGGGGUGGGUACGCCUGUAACGCCUCUGCUGAUUGAUCUCGUUCUCGCUGCCCUCAUUGCUUUCCGCGUCGAUCCAUUUCAAGCUGCCAGCCCCCCGGAAACACCUCCUCUGCUCAACAUGCUCACUCUCUCGCCACGCCGUUCCACCUCCUCUGCACUCUGUUUCACACUGCGGAGUAUGUACGAAGCUGUAGGAAUUGCUUUGGGCCGGCUAGUGGGAGUGGGUGAGUUGGGCGUGCAACUGGAGGAGCUAAGCGAGCAGCUGGAAGUAGCCAGGGGGGAGUUGGCUAAGAACCUGAUUACAAGGCAAGCGGACGAGCUGGCAGCAGCAAGAGGGAACGUUGCUGAGCAGGCCAGUUGUGUGCUCAAGGCUGAAGCUACCCUCGAGGGAGCAUUGGUGUCGCUUGUACGAGGCGUUUGGGAAGCACACGCAUGUUGGAUGUUGUUUCUGGCCCCUCGCGGCCCCCUUCGCGACCCCGUUGCCGCCCUUCCAGGCCCUUUGCGGCCCCUUCGCGGCCCCGUCGCCGCCCCUAUCGGCCCCGUCGCCGACCUUUCAGGCCCCUCGCGACCCCCUUCGCGGCCCCGUCGCCGCCUUUACCGGCCCGUCGCCGCCUCAAGCGGCCCCGUCGCCGCCUCCAGCAGCCCCGUCGCCGCCCCUAUCGGCCCCGUCGCCGCCUCCACAGCCCCGUCGCCGCCCCCUUGCGGCCGCGUCGCUGCCCCUUUCGGCCCUGCCUCGACCCCGACCCCGGCCCUGCCCCGACCCUGUCGCGGCCCCGUCCCGGACCUGCCCCGACCCCGGCCCUGCCCUGACCCUGUCGCGGCCCUAUCGCGGCCCUCCCCUUGCUAUGCCCCGACCCUGCCUCGACCCUGCCCCGGCCCCGCCCCGGCCAUGCUCCGUCGCCUGUCGCGGCGCACCGGGGGCACGUGCACCGCCCCCCCCCCCCCCCCCCCCCUCUUUUUCCCGUCGCCCGUUGCGGCUCCCUGGGGGGCCGCACGCGGCCCCCUCAGUCGCGCUGCCGAUCAGCAUCAGCCGUCUGCCGGUCUUCAUUCCUACGCACCUGGCCGUCGGCUGCACAGCACAAUGGCGGGUGGCGGGAGUGUUCACGGCGUGAUUGCGCUGAUUGUGCUGCUCCUCAUCCUCGUGAUCACCGCUGGACCCGCCAGUGGCGCAGCACUGGACGCGCAGCUGCAGGUGGGCACGCAGGGUGAAGGCGAUUGCCAAACCAGCCAAGUCCGUCCGCUGCAUCAUCGGUGCGUCUCUGCUGCUCUCUUUCCUGCUGCUCUCUUUCCUGCUGCUCUCUUUCCUGCUGCUCUCGCUCCUGCUGCUCUCGCUCCUGUUGCUGUCAGGUCACCUCCCCCUUAUUCCCCCCCGUCUCCCCUCCCGCUCCCCUCCCUCCGCCCUCCCUCUCCCCUCCCUCCCACUCUCCCCACCCCUCACCGCCGGUACGCCAGAGGACAUCUGUGGGAGGACAUCUGUGGGCACGCGGUGUGCCCCACCAACUUCUCAUGCACUGCAACCACGGACCGCAGGGGAGUGGGGUGCGUCUGCGAUGGCGGCACCAGCAGGCCGGACGGCACAUGCGAGCUCUUCGCUGGGAAUUUUUCUCCCCCUGAGCCCGCACCGUCGGCCACCGACUCGGAUGUGUGUGGCAACAGCACCAGGAACCCCUGCAAGUCAGGCUCCUGCAUCAGUGGUGGCCCCGGCUCCUACUCCUGUGUCUGCCCGCCCUUGCACGUCCCAGACACCAGAACCAACGGAUACCCCACCUGUGAAUACAAAACUUCGGGACUUGCUUCAACACUGGAGGUGCAAGGAGACAACUGGAGGUGUGAGGACGUCUAUCCUCUUUAUGGACUCACUCUAGACGAGUUCACUGCACAGAACAAUGGCGUGGACUGCACUGCUGCCCUCACCCGGGGUCAAAUACUCAACGUGACUGAGAGGGACGACCUUGCCUCCUGCUCUGUCUUCUAUUACAUUCAACCGGGCGACACAUGCGAGUCAGUGGCAGCCUCUUUUGGCCUUUCCUCCUCCUCCCUGUCGCUCCUCAACCCCGGCCUCGACUGCUCCUCACCGCUCCCCCUGUCCCGCUCCCUCUGCAUCGAGCGGGACGAUCGGAAGGUGGGGAUCGGGGAGGAAUGCUUUUUAGACGCUUCAACCGUUGGCAGCGGCACGAGCAGCUGCACUCAGGUGGUGGAGGGCCAUCAGCUGGGUUCCCUGCUGGAGCUCUACCGCCUGAACCCAGGGCUCGUGUGCUACACCUCACUGCACGCUGAUCAGGAGGCUGGCUGGCCGAAGAUAUGUCUCAAGCCCGCUGUAGCUCUUCCCUAUGGUGGCUGCGGCGAGGGACGGGCAAGGACGUUCAAAGCGUCGGCGUCGUGCAGCAGCAUCAUCAACAGGGCAUUCGGAAGAAGCACGGAGCUGUUUGAGAAGUAUAAUAGCCCGUGCGCGGGGACCAUUGGGGGCAGCUCUGGUGGACCUGUUGAAAUCUGUCUGCCCCCGUGA